UAAAAAGCUGAAACCAGUCACAACUCUCUUUCAGAGACUGUCUCUCUGUGUGUAAGUGUGUGAUGAUGAUGAGUAGUAGUAGUGUGAAGAAGAAGAAGAUGAUGAUGAGAAGAGCACCAUUGGUGUUGCUGUUGGUCGUAACCGUGGUGGUUGCGAAUGCAUCAUCACCGGAUAGUGUAAUAAAUUUCGACACGGGAGGACUGAGCAGAGGAACAUUUCCCAAGGGUUUCGUGUUCGGAACGGCGACUUCGGCUUACCAAGUCGAAGGCAUGGCCAACAAGGACGGCCGUGGCCCUAGCAUCUGGGACGUCUUCAUUCAAACUCCCGGAAUUGAAGCUAAUAAUGCUACCGGAGCUGUCUCAGUUGACCAAUAUCAUCGCUAUAAAGAAGAUAUUGAUAUCAUGAAUAAGUUGAACUUCGAUGCCUACCGGUUCUCAAUUUCAUGGUCUAGGAUAUUUCCGAAUGGAACCGGGAAAGUAAAUGAGAAAGGAGUUGCUUACUACAAUAGAUUGAUCAAUUACAUGCUCAAAAGGGGAAUUACCCCUUACGCAAAUCUUAAUCAUUAUGAUCUUCCUCAAGCACUUGAGGAGAGGUACUUGGGAUGGUUGAGUCAUGAAGUAGUGAAAGACUUUGCGGAUUAUGCAGAUUUUUGCUUCAAGACAUUUGGAGACAGAGUGAAGAAUUGGAUGACAUUUAAUGAACCUAGAGUAGUGGCUGCUCUUGGAUACGAUAAUGGAUUCUUUGCUCCUGGAAGGUGUUCCAAAGCAUUUGGAAAUUGCACAGCAGGAAAUUCUGCAACCGAGCCUUACAUUGUGGCCCAUAAUCUGAUCUUAUGUCACGCUGCUGCAGUUCAGAGAUAUCGUGAAAAGUAUCAAGAAAAACAGAAGGGAAGGAUUGGCAUUCUCUUGGAUUUUGUUUGGUAUGAACCUCUUACAAGAUCAAAAGCUGACAAUUACGCAGCUCAAAGAGCAAGAGACUUCCAUAUUGGAUGGUUUAUCCAUCCCAUAGUAUAUGGUGAGUACCCAAAAACAAUGCAAGAAAUUGUGUGUGAUCGGCUGCCCAAAUUCACAAAAGAAGAAGUUAAGAUGGUAAAGGGUUCGAUGGAUUUUGUGGGUAUCAACCAAUAUACUGCUUACUACAUGUACGACGCCCAUAAUGCCAAACCAAAAGAUCUCGGCUACCAGCAGGACUGGAAUGCUUCAUUUGCUUAUGAAAAAAGAGGAGUACCAAUUGGUCCAAGGGCAUAUUCUUAUUGGCUCUACAACGUGCCAUGGGGUCUCUACAAAGCUGUGACUUACAUAAAGGAACAUUAUGGAAAUCCAACUAUAAUUUUGGCUGAAAAUGGCAUGGAUGAUCCGGGUACUGUCACUCUUCCAAAGGGCUUGCAUGAUACCACCAGAAUCAACUAUUACAAGGCUUAUCUGACUCAACUGAAGAAGGCCAUUGAUGAUGGAGCAAAUGUAGUUGGCUACUUCGCAUGGUCGUUGCUUGACAACUUUGAAUGGAGACUAGGCUACACUUCAAGGUUUGGCAUUGUUUAUGUCGAUUUCAAAACCCUCAAGAGGUACCCAAAGAUGUCUGCCUACUGGUUCAGACAAUUGCUUCGCAGAAACAAGCAUUAGGAAACCACAUCUGUUGUUUUUCUGUCUUUGGUUACAGAAUGUGGUUGUUGUAGAACUUGUGCUAUUUGACCAAUAAAGGCUGUAGUCAGUGGCUCAAUGCUUAUGCUUUUACCCUCUUUUUUUAGUUUUUCAUAAGAAGCGCAUGUGUUUUCCUAAUUGGUUCUUGCAAUUACAACUAUUUCCACUGA